AUGGCGGCUGUACAAUCUGAGGAGCGGAGUAAAAUUCUGCAGAGGCGGCGGGAGCUGCGCAAGGCCAAAAAACAAAAAGCUAAGCAUUUUAAAACGCUUAAGCAUCAGGCACGCUGUGAGAAGAAGGCUGAAAUUGUGGCCAAGAUCCGUGCGAAGCGCGAUGAGGUUCAUUGGAACGACAACAAUGGUGAGAACGGGUGCUGGUUGUGUGGUGAGGUGACGCACCGCAAGCAGGACUGCCCUAAUCGAGCGCUUGGUGAACUGAACAAGACGUGCUAUCAAUGCCGCCGCCGAGGACACACGUCACAAAAUUGCCCACAGAAGGGCACUGAUGACCUAGGCGGUCAGCCCCAGCAACAAUCUGAGGUCUGCUUUAACUGUGGUGAUGGUAGCCACUCACUGCGUCAUUGCCCUAAGCCAAUUGAAAAUGGUGGUGCUACGCAUGCCACGUGCUUCGUCUGUAAACAGCAGGGCCACCUGAGUAGCAAAUGCCCACAAAACAAGACGGGUGUUUACCCAAAGGGCGGUUGUUGUAAGCUUUGCAAAAGUAUUGAACAUUUGGCGCGUGACUGCCCUGUAGGUAACAUUUCGGUUGAUGGUAGCAGCAGUGGAAAGAACAAGAAGACCAAGUUUUCGAAUGAUGACGAUGGUUGCGUUGACUAUGAUGCUAAUUCUGGCGACGCACUCGACGCUGUUCAACUUAGUCGGGACGGAUGUGCAGUUGAAGACGACGAUAAGCAAGCAGACACUAGAAAAAGCAAAAAAUAUUCUAAGCGAGUCAAGUUUUAA